UUCUGAAUUGUUUUUUUUCAUUGAAAUACUGGAAAUACUAUGAAGACCUCCUGGUUUGCACUCCUCUUGGCAGUGCUCAGUACUGAACUGCUGACAAGUCAUUCUUCCACUCUCAAGUCCCUGAGGUUCAGAGGCCGUGUGCAGCAGGAGCGAAAAAAUAUCAGACCAAAUAUCAUCCUUGUGCUCACAGAUGACCAAGACGUGGAGCUAGGGUCCUUACAAGUGAUGAACAAAACCAGACGGAUUAUGGAGAAUGGAGGAGCAUCCUUCAUCAAUGCCUUCGUAACCACCCCAAUGUGCUGCCCAUCGCGUUCCUCCAUGCUGACUGGGAAGUAUGUGCACAACCACAACAUAUAUACCAACAAUGAAAACUGCUCUUCUCCCUCCUGGCAGGCCACUCAUGAGCCACGCACUUUCGCCGUGUAUCUGAAUAACACUGGGUACCGAACAGCUUUUUUUGGGAAAUACCUCAAUGAAUACAAUGGCAGCUACAUCCCUCCUGGGUGGAGAGAGUGGGUUGGAUUAGUGAAGAACUCUCGCUUCUAUAAUUACACCAUUUCUCGCAAUGGUAACAAAGAGAAGCAUGGAUUUGAUUAUGCAAAGGACUACUUCACAGACCUAAUCACUAAUGAGAGCAUUAAUUACUUCAGAAUGUCCAAGAGGAUAUAUCCUCAUAGGCCCAUAAUGAUGGUCAUCAGCCACGCUGCGCCUCACGGCCCCGAGGAUUCGGCCCCGCAGUUCUCAGAGCUGUACCCCAACGCUUCGCAGCAUAUCACCCCCAGCUAUAACUACGCACCAAACAUGGAUAAGCACUGGAUCAUGCAGUACACGGGGCCCAUGCUGCCUAUCCACAUGGAGUUUACAAACGUCCUGCAACGCAAGAGACUUCAGACCCUGAUGUCAGUUGAUGACUCUAUGGAAAGAUUAUACCAAAUGCUUGCAGAAAUGGGAGAGCUGGAGAAUACCUACAUUAUUUACACUGCUGACCAUGGUUACCAUAUUGGGCAGUUUGGACUGGUCAAGGGGAAGUCAAUGCCAUAUGACUUUGAUAUUCGAGUUCCUUUCUUUAUUCGUGGUCCAAGUGUGGAGCCAGGAUCAGUAGUGCCUCAGAUAGUUCUGAAUAUUGAUCUUGCACCAACAAUUCUGGAUAUUGCAGGACUUGACACACCUCCAGAUAUGGAUGGCAAAUCUGUCCUAAAGCUUCUAGACUUGGAGAGACCAGGAAAUAGAUUUCGAACAAACAAGAAGACCAAAAUCUGGCGUGACACAUUCCUGGUGGAAAGAGGCAAAUUUCUACGCAAGAAAGAGGAAGCUAAUAAAAACACUCAGCAAUCUAAUCAACUGCCAAAAUACGAGAGGGUAAAAGAAUUAUGCCAACAAGCAAGGUACCAGACAGCCUGUGAACAACCAGGACAGAAGUGGCAGUGCACAGAAGAUGCCUCUGGCAAGCUUCGAAUUCACAAGUGCAAGGUAUCCAGCGACAUCCUGGCCAUCAGGAAAAGGACCCGCAGCAUCCACUCCCGGGGAUACAGCGGUAAAGAUAAGGACUGUAACUGUGGAGACACUGAUUUCCGAAACAGCAGGACCCAAAGAAAAAAUCAAAGACAGUUUCUGAGAAACCCCAGUACGCAAAAAUACAAACCACGUUUUGUUCACACUCGCCAAACCCGAUCCUUGUCUGUGGAAUUUGAAGGUGAAAUAUAUGACAUAAACCUGGAAGAGGAAGAACUGCAGGUGCUAAAGACCAGAAGUAUCACCAAACGUCACAAUGCUGAAAAUGACAAAAAAGCAGAGGAAACUGGUGGUGCUCCUGGUGACACGAUGGUUGCUGAUGGCACUGAUGCUAUAGGUCAACCCAGUUCUGUCAGAGUGACACACAAGUGUUUUAUUCUUCCAAAUGACACUAUUCACUGUGAAAGGGAGCUGUACCAAUCUGCCAGAGCCUGGAAGGACCACAAGGCUUACAUUGAUAAGGAGAUUGAAGCUCUCCAGGACAAAAUCAAGAACUUGAGGGAAGUUAGAGGGCACCUAAAAAGAAGAAAACCAGAUGAAUGUGAUUGUACUAAACAGAGCUAUUACAACAAAGAGAAAGGUGUAAAGGCUCAAGAGAAAAUCAAGAGCCAUCUUCAUCCCUUCAAAGAAGCAGCACAGGAGGUAGACAGCAAACUGCAGCUAUUCAAAGAGAAUCGCAGAAGGAAGAAGGAAAGGAAGGGGAAAAAGCGCCAGAAGAAAGGGGAUGAGUGUAGCCUUCCUGGACUGACGUGUUUUACCCAUGACAACAACCACUGGCAAACUGCACCUUUCUGGAACUUGGGAUCUUUCUGUGCUUGCACAAGCUCAAAUAACAACACUUAUUGGUGUUUGAGAACAGUGAAUGACACCCACAAUUUUCUCUUUUGUGAGUUUGCAACUGGCUUCUUGGAAUAUUUUGAUAUGAACACUGAUCCCUAUCAGCUGACGAAUACUGUACAUACAGUGGAAAGAGGCAUUUUAAAUCAAUUACAUGUACAGUUAAUGGAAUUGCGAAGUUGUCAAGGCUAUAAGCAGUGCAAUCCAAGGCCUAAGGGACUUGAAACAGGAAAUAAAGAUGGAGGAAGCUAUGAUCCACACAGAGGACAAUUAUGGGAUGGAUGGGAAGGCUAACCUGCCCGAUUUCACUGGUGACAUCAACUGGCAAGGACUGGAAGACUUGUACAGAGUGAAUGAAAGUGUAUAUGAACACAGAUACAACUAUAGACUUAGU